AUGGAAGGAACCAACCAAACUGCUGUGAUAGAAUUUGUCCUCCUGGGACUUUCUGACUAUCCAAAGCUAGAGACCAUUUUCUUUGUGCUGGUCCUGUGGAUGUACCUGGUAAUCCUGGGGGGCAAUGGAGUACUGAUCAUAGUAACCAUUUACGACUCCCACCUCCACACACCCAUGUACUUCUUUCUAGGUAAUCUCUCCUUCCUGGACAUUUGCUACACGACUUCUACUGUGCCCCUAACUCUGGACAGCUUCCUCACUCCAAGGAAAGCCAUUUCCUUCUCCAGCUGUGCAGUGCAAAUGUUUCUAUCCUUUGCCACGGGUGCAACUGAAUGUGCACUCCUGAGCGUGAUGGCAUUUGACCGUUACGUGGCCAUCUGCAAGCCCCUGAGAUAUCCUGUCAUCAUGAACAAGGGUACUUAUGUGUCAAUGGCAUCUGUAUCCUGGGCAGCAGGGGUUCUUGACUCAAUAGUCCAAACAUCUCUUGUAGUUCAGUUAACAUUUUGCAUGGACGUCAUUGAUCAUUUUAUUUGUGAGAUCCCGGCUGUCCUGAAAUUGGCCUGUGGAGACAUUUCCAUCAAUGUGCUUAGCAUGGCAGGAUCAAACUUCAUCUUUCUAGUUAUUCCUCUGAUAUCAAUUUCCAUCUCCUACAUUUUCAUACUUGUUGCAAUCCUCAGGAUUCCUUCUACAAAAGGGAGACGCAAAGCCUUUUCCACCUGCUCAGCCCAUCUGACUGUGGUGAUUAUAUUCUAUGGAACAAUCUUCUUCAUGUAUGCAAAACCCAGAUCUAAGGGCUCUGUUAGAGCAGAUAGUGACAUCAAAGACAAAUUUAUCACACUGUUCUAUAGUGUGGUGACUCCCAUGCUCAGUCCCAUCAUUUAUAGUUUGAGGAACAAGGAUGUUAAGGCAGCUGUAAAGAAUAUUUUAAGUCAAAAACCAUUUCACUGA